UUCAUGUUGCACCAAUUUCAAAAAGAUUUGCACUUGUAAAGUGCACCUUCAGCCAAGUUCAAUAAACAGAUCAUAUUUGCGGCAGCGACGUACUUUAACGUUUCCCCACCCUCCCCAAAGCAGCAGCCCGGUCAACCUACCGCAGACUGGAUGCAGCCUGCACACUGACACACGUAUGUUCCGUCUCGCCAUUUUCCAUCGACGACCGAGAGGAACAAACCAGCCAGAGAAACGCGGAUAGUCGGAACCGUGAAUUGCAACGAAAACGAUCCGGUCAUGCAUCGUGACUGUCCUCUUGACUGCAAGGUCUAUGUCGGAAAUUUGGGGAACAAUGGAAACAAGACGGAGUUGGAGAGGUCAUUCGGCUACUAUGGUCCUCUCCGCAGUGUCUGGGUGGCCAGGAACCCUCCAGGCUUCGCCUUUGUAGAAUUUGAAGAUCCUAGAGAUGCAACUGAUGCCGUGCGUGAGCUCGAUGGAAGGACAUUGUGUGGUUGCCGGGUGCGAGUAGAGCUGUCCAAUGGUGAGAAGCGCAGUCGCAGCCGCGGUGCGCCUCCUCCAUGGAGCAGGCGUCCUCGAGACAGAGACGACAACAGACGCCGUAGUCGUAGCCCUCAAGCCAAACGAAGAUCCCCACGCAAGAGGAGCUUCAGCCGCAGUCGAAGCAGGUCUUUCUCCAGAGACCGGAGGAGGGAGAGGUCUCUCUCCCGGGACAAGAACCACAAACCUUCACGGUCCUUUUCACGAUCAAGGAGCCGCUCCAGGUCUAACGACCGAAAGUAGAGGAACACCCGCCGGGUGUAAAAGGAGCGGAUGAACAGUUGUGUACAGGCUUGGCCAUUUGAAAUAAUGGACGUCAACAUGGCCGUGUCACUGCUUUUGUGUUAUUAUUUUUUUGUUUUUUGAAACAAACAAUUGUUUUAGUGUCCCGUUACAUGUUUUCACAUGCAUUAAGUGGUGGUGUACAGGUGUGAUACCUAAGUCCAUCUUGUAGGUCCUGAAACAGUCGUGCCACCGAGCAUUCCAGUUCACCAGUUAAUUUCUUGUGAGUUUUGAUUUUUGUCAAUGAAUUUACUGUGUAGUUUGACAGAGUGAGUAGUUCCUCUUUUUCAAUGCCAGCAUUUUUUUAAUUAAGGAUAGGGAUGAUUAAUAUGAAUCUCUCCCUUUGAUUGUCUGUGAAGCCAACCUAUUUUCAUUGUGCUACUUUUUUACAUUGCACUAAAGGUUUCCAUAUGUUAAAGGUUGUUUGUUUGUAAUUAAAAAACCCACAUCCAAAAUUCAAAACUGGCAUAGAUUUAGAAAAAAUUAUUGAGUUUUGUUUUUCAAGUUUUCCGUUUUUCUUUUGUUUGAUACAAUGUGAAAUGGUCUCAAUUAAAGAAACCGGUUGAUUACAAAAGAC